UGCAUGUUAAGAAAAUAGAGUCUGAAAUAAAUAAUACCCCUACUGAAUUUGGCAUAAAACCGAAUGAGGUAUGGGGCAUCGAAGAUGAGUUUUCUGCCAACAUGCCAACCAAAUUGGCUAAGUUAAAUUCUAAGUACCUGCUCAAGAAGCUGCAGCAGGACCAAAUCGAGAAAAAUCCUAAAUCUGUGACUACCGAGACGCUCAUGGAAAAGCCUAUGGAGCUCUCAAACCUGAUACGUGACGAAGAUGGUUAUUACUGGGCAGCCGUUGAUGGAGCUUGCUCAAACAACGGUUCCAGUGAUGCCAUAGCAGGUAUAGGGGUGGCUUGGACUCCUACUGGAGAAUUUAACAUAUCCGAAAGAGUAGACCACCCUAGGUACCGGAAUACCAAUAAUUUGGCCGAGGCGAUAGCUCUGUGCAAAGCUAUGAAAGUGAUGCUCAAACUAGGUGCAAAAAGAGGAAAAAUAUUUUCGGAUUCAUGCUAUUUAACAACAGCAAUAAAUUAUAAUGUAGAGAAAUGGAAGAUCAAUAACUGGAAGAAUGCUAGUAAAAAACCAGUUGUGCACCGAGAAAUUUUUCAAGAAAUUUUAGAAUUGAAAGAAAAGUUUGAGAAGUUUGAGUUAAAGCACACACCUGCGAGAAGCUUUGAUCGUAACAACCACGCCGCUGAUAAGCUAGCGCGUAAGGCGGUGUAUACACAAGAGUUGGUAGACCUGCGAGUUGAUGAAAUGACCGAGCAGCAGGCGUUAAUUUCAUUUAUUCGAGAAAAGAGAAAGCUACAAAGAUCAAGAGAUGAAGUAGCAUUUUAUAAAAUUAAGGGAGACCCCAUUUGUUACGAGGAGGGGGAAUUAGUUAUGCUUACGGAACACAGACAGAGCUCAUAUGAUAAAGGAGUCUCGAAAAAAUUGUUUCCUAAGCGUUUUGGGCCUUACAUGGUCAUGAAGCAUGUCGGAGAUAAUGCAUACAGAGUAAGAAGCAUAGCUAACGAGUCUGAUGAGCAAAUUGUCAAUGCUAGGCAAAUGACAAUUUAUUUGAAUUUAGAACAACAAGAGAAGCUCAAAAAUGAUCCGAAAUUAAAGUCAAAGACAGACUCAAGGCCCUUAAUUGAAAAAAUUAAAGAGAAAGUAACGCCGAAAGAGAUAGAAAGGCCAGAAAUUGACGAGGAGGUCGAAGAGGAGGUCAUUGACCCUAAAAUACACGAUCAAGUGGCAGAAAGAGCAGCUAGGCUAUUGGCUAGAGAAUUGCGAAAGAAAGAGCUAGAACAAGCUGAGGAAAAGAGAGGAAAGAAACUGCAAGAAUUCCAGAAACUCAAAAAGCAUGCGAGACGCAAGUUAGAUGAUAAAGAAAACGAGAAGAUUGCUACGUGCAUUAAAAAAGCCGUUGGUUUGACAACAAAGGCUGGAGAAAUACUUGCGAACGCGGAAAAGAAAGAUAAAGAUAGAAAAAGAACGAAAAAAUUGAAGCCAGGUGAAAAAGCACCUGGGUCAGACGAUCCGGAUUAUGUACCACCUACAAGCACGAAAAGAAGGAAAAAGAAAACAGUAAAUUUUAUAGCUCUGGAAAAAUUAGAAUCUCAUCACCGUGUGAUGUUCGUAGAGUUGUACAUGAAUUACGAGGACGUCCUGAAAUAAAAAGAGAAAAAGAGUAGCUGGAAUUCGAGGUACUGGUUGGUGCCUGAAUUUUAAUCUGUAAAUAAUUUUUUUUUUAUUAGUUUUAAAUCUUAUUUUAUUCAAAUUACUCGUAGCAAUAUUUUAACCUAGUUUUAAAAAACCAAAAAGAGCAAGCCAUCGAAAGUAAAAGCAAGUUCUAUCCGAGUAGCAUACGAGCUGUAUGAAGAGAAGUAGUACUAGCGAGUAGGCGGGGGGUAGAAUGGAACGAACGCAACGAGAACGAAAACGAGCGGCUCCCCGCAACCUGUAGUUACGAAGCAGAGAGUAGUCUGUACGUUAGCGAGUAGGCGGGGGGUGGUAAAGAGUCGCACGCAUCAGCUGAUAAAUCUAGAUCGGUUGAAACGAACCAACGAACGACGAAAGUAAUGCCAAGGACGUUGCAGUUUUGAUGUAUUAUUGAUGCGUGUUAUGUAAUAACGUGAAUAUUUGUUGAAAGUUUGCAAUAAAGUGCGUAAUUGUAAAAGUUGGAAUUUUGGUGCUUUCGUGGUGAAUUUUGCGCUAAUUGGUGACCGUAAAAGCUCACGUACGCGUGUGUAUGUGCGAAAUCGUAUAAUUUGGCGUAAAAAAGUAAAAAAUCGGGUAAUUUAUUUGAGAAGUGAACAGUUUGCUGCAUGUUUGUUUCGGUAAGGUCUAACAAAGAAGCCUAAAAUCAAAAUGGCGUAAGUCUAUUGAAUAUGGUUUUUAAUUCGCUCGUGUUGUAUUUUUCCGUUAGAAAAGUGAAUAAAAAUUCGAAACGUGUUGAUUAGAAGAAAAAUUCCAGUAAAAGAGUAGCUCCUCGUGUAUUUCGACUGGGUAAGUUGAAUUUGUUUAUCCUCGUGUGCAAUUAAUUUCAUUGUGUUACACGAUACGUCAUGCUUAAUUAGUGAAAGAUUAUUAAUUUAGUGUGGUAUUUUUUGCACACAGCCGAAGAAGCUACCGGCUAUACGAGAAGCGACGUGGUUUUUUGUCUUGUUUCAACGAGUUGGAAAAACGAUAGUGGUCAAGUGGUGGCAUGAAAUUUUUCGACGAAGUUUUGUUUUAUUACAAAAGGUAAGCGAAAUGCACAGAGUAAACUAUCGUAUAUGUGAACGUAGUGCUAAUUGGAAGUACGUGUAAUUAAAAAAUGAACUACGAGUAGCGUAUUGAGAUGUUUAUUACCUGUUUCAGCUGAUUAGUUGGACGUUUGAGUGGUAAAUAUUCGUUUGACGAGAAUUCUAUCGACGCUGAGAUUAGGUAAGCUGGAUUAGAAGUACCUACGAGUAGUUUACACGUACCUACAAACAAAGUAAGAUAAUACGAAAAUUAAUUACCUGUCGAUGCUUUCAGUAAUAAGACAUAUUGGAUCGCAGUAAAUCGAUUCGAGAAGCUGGAAGUUUAUUUUAGUCAGACAGAGCUAUUGACGUAAAAUGGAUGGCGCGGACGAAAGAGAAGAUAUACCGAGACGAGCGUUUGUUUGGGAUGAUAGCAACAGCAGCACUUCCGAAAGGUAAAGAUCUUCGAUACCUGUAAAAUAGAGUAAAAAUUAGAUUAUUCUCGAGUAGCAUCGAUAAUUAACAGAGUACGGUGUAAUUGUUAUUCAAAUUUAGCGAAGAGGAGAAGACUGUAAAUUAUGUUAUUUUUAUAAUUUUUUGAGAAUGUAAUUGUUUUUUUUUGUUUUCGUUUGCCAAGAGAAAAGCCAGAGAAGCAGUGGUUUUUUCUAUGUUAUUUUACAAGUAGAUGGAUUGAUUAAGUUUAAUUUUGUAUGUUUUUUUUUAGUUUUGUUUAAUUGUUUUGUUUGCGAAAGGUAUACCAAAUAAAGAGUAGUGUACCAAGAAAGUGAACAAGAGUGAAUCGAUUUUUUGUGUUUAUCGUCCAAUGUGAUAUUUGUGUUCCAUUUACGUGAAUUCUGUGGAAUAAUUUCUGUGUUAGGCAAACGAGUAGAAAAUAAGAGAAUUGAAUUUUUUUUUUAUUUAUAUUGUUGUAUCAUCGAAAGAGUAGCCAGAAUACGAGGUGAAAAAUGUGAUAUAGAAUAAAACUUACGUAACGAGCAUUGAUGUUUUCAUUUCGCGAACCAACGUGUUUGAACCGGCAUGGUAAUAAUGGGUAGCUUUGAACACCAGCGAGAUACCUGUAAAAAACAAAAAGAGAAACAAAGUACAAAGUUCUUUUUGGUAAAAGCAGUAAAAGAGAAGUAAAAAUAUUACAUCCCGUGACAGGUAUCAACGAGUAGCUGCGUAAACAAUCCGAGUAGCUGGAGUUAGCGUGCGUGAACUGGUCUAGACGUGUUGGAAUUUCAGCACCUGCGAAAAACAGAGUGUUAAUAUUCAGAGGUAGACUAUGAGUAGAUGAAAGAGUAGUUACCUGAAUCUGGAAGCAGUGAAGCAACGAGUUGAACUCAAGUGAAAAACCUGGAACAGAGAGAAAGAAAAGAGUUGAAUUAUUCGAGUAGCUCACCUGAGUAGUUUCACAGGGUUCGAGUCAAGAAGAAGUUCCAGAGUUCCAGCCAAGUUCCGGCCCAGACAAUGGUAUGAUGUAUAAGAUUAACAUAGUGAUAAAAUUCGAUUGUAAUAUUAUUAUUAACACAAAUGUUUAGAUAUGUUAAUCUUAAGAUCGCGAAAAUGUAAAAAGAUUCUGCAAGAGUAGCCAGAUAGGGAUGUAGGGCCAUAUAACGAGCAGGCCACAUCUGGCAUACGAAGCGGGGCAGGGGGAGCCCAAGUACUCUACGAGACGCUGAGUAGGCCUCUUUUAGGCUGCGUAUCCAGACGGGCCCCCGAGCUAUACCCAGCCGGGGCAUUAUGUAGAGGGUACUUGGGACUCCAUGUUACCACUCUACAGUGGUAAUUUGAUGCCCAGGUCGGAGGCUGCACUGAACCAGGUGCAACGCCAUCUGGUGGACUGGUUCAGGGAAGCUGACGGCCGAGAGUAAGUUACAGAGUUGCUUCGCAGUUUUCCAAUCUUCUUCUAACGAGCAAGAUAGAGCUUUUACGCUAGCUUGGAGAACGUUCAUGCCUUUAAGCAGAAUCUUUCGUUGUUAUAUGAAUGGUAGUAAUUGUACAUUGUAGCAACAUGUACUAUAAACCUUGUUCAUGUGCUUGAAUAAAUAUUCAGAGUAAA